AUGGCGUCCCAAACCCAAGCUAGUAGCCAUUUUUUCAAUGUUGUGAGCUUCAAAUUAUGCUCGCGCUGGAACCUCGUUUGCGACUCUCCGACAAUCAAUGGCCAAGGGACGCCCAAGAAGCCCGGGGCGAUAGAGGCCUGCGUGUUCGCCAUGUUCAACGAGAACAGGGAGGGCCUGGCUGAGAUCGAGAAGCACUUUGGGCUCUUCAACCCGGACAACCCGGACAAAUCGCCGGCGCACACCAUCAGUUUCUAA